CGGGGGUCUGGGCUUGGCGGUCCCCACGGGACUCGGGGACAGGGCACGAGCAUGGGGAGGCUGGGCCACGCCAGGCUGGGCUCCUGGGGCCGCUUCUGGGCCACCCUCACCUUGGUGGGCCUGGCCACGCGAGCGGCCCACCGCGCGGGCGUCGGCGGGGAGGCCGCGGGCGCGUCCAUCAACCACUCGCAGCUGCAGCUGCAGCGCCUGCAGGAGCUGCUGCGCCAGGGCAACGCCAGCGACGUGGUGCUGCGGGUGCAGGCGGCGGGCACGGACGAGGUGCGCGUCUUCCACGCCCACCGCCUGCUGCUGGGGCUGCAGAGCGAGCGCUUCCGGGAGCUUCUGCACAACCAGAGCGACGUGGUGCUGCAGGAGGCCAGGGACGGCGCCGCCGUCUUCGACAAGUUCAUCAGGUACCUGUACUGCGGGGAGCUGACGGUGCUGCUGGCGCAGGCCGUUCCCCUGCACCGGCUGGCCACCAAGUACCGCGUGGCCUCGCUGCAGCGGGGCGUGGCCGACUACAUGCGCGCGCACCUGGCGGGCGGCGCGGGCCCGGCGGUGGGCUGGUACCACUACGCCGUGAGCACUGGCGACGAGGCCCUGCGCGACAGCUGCCUGCAGUUCCUGGCCUGGAACCUGUCGGCCGUGGCGGGGAGCGCCGAGUGGGGCGCCGUGAGCCCCGAGCUGCUGGCGCAGCUGCUGCCGCGCUCCGACCUGGUGCUGCAGGACGAGCUGGAGCUGUUCCAGGCGCUGGAGGCGUGGCUGGGGCGCGCGCGGCCGCCCGCUGCCGUGGCCGAGCGCGCGCUGCGCGCCAUCCGCUACCCCAUGAUCCCGCCCGCGCAGCUGUUCCAGCUGCAGGCGCGCUCGGCCGCGUUGGCGCGCCACGGCCCGGCCGUGGCCGACCUCCUGCUGCAGGCCUACCAGUUCCACGCCGCGUCGCCGCUGCACUACGCCAAGUUCUUCGACGUCAACGGCAGCGCCUUCCUGCCCCGCAACUACCUCGCGCCGGCCUGGGGCGCCCCGUGGAUCAUCCACAACCCGGCCCGCGACGACCGCAGCACCAGCUUCCAGACGCAGCUGGGGCCCAGCGGCCACGACUCGGGCCGCCGCGUCACCUGGAACGUGCUCUUCUCGCCGCGCUGGCUGCCCGUCAGCCUGCGGCCCGUCUACUCGGACGCCGCGGGCACCGCGCUGCCCGCCGCGCGCCCCGAGGACGGCCGGCCCCGGCUCGUGGUCACGCCGGCCAGCAGCGGGGGCGACGCGGCGGGCGUGAGCUUCCAGAAGACCGUGCUGGUCGGGGCGCGCCAGCACGGCCGCCUGCUGGUCCGCCACGCCUACAGCUUCCACCAGAGCAGCGAGGAGGCCGGGGACUUCCUGGCGCACGCGGACCUGCAGCGGCGCAACUCCGAGUACCUGGUGGAGAACGCGCUCCACCUGCACCUCAUCGUCAAGCCCGUCUACCACACCCUCAUCGGGACCCCCAAGUAGCCAGGCGGGGCUCUGGGGUGGGAAUUAAAGAGCUGUUGGCCGGGACAGGGCGGGGGAGGGUACACGGUUGGGGCGUGGGCAGUGGAGGACCGCGCGGUGGCCGGACGCCGGUUUGCGGCCCAGCCGGAGGCGCGCAGGCAGCCUGGUAGACCAGAUGUCUGAUUUGGCCUGCCUCCUAGACCACCGUUCUUGGCUGAAUAAACCGAUGCUUAAGGGAAGCAGCACGAGGGCGGCCGAAGCUCCUGGUCUGGGGUCUGGAGGGUUCCAUACAUUUAGGGGUCCCCCUCUGCCCCGCCCCCAGGCACCCUUUCUCCUAAGAGCGGGUCAGAGUUGUGAGUCCAGUUGGUCAAUCUGGGAAGGAUGAUUCAAGUA